AUGGGGUCACUUCAAAAUGAAGUAAUUUGGUUGCAAAAAGCGAACCUAAACAAAACGAUUUAAGCUUUCGCAUUCAAAAAUCUAAUUGAUAGUGAAAUUGCAGAGAAUAAGCAGUGGCUUGCUUAUCUCUGUGGAAUUGCUUUUUUCCUUGACUUUUCUUACUUAAUCAGUGAUGAUAUUUCAAGAAAGAAGUACUUAGCUUUUCCUUGCCUAGCAUGUCCGAUCAAUUCUUGUUGCUAAAGUUUAUCUGUCAUAAAGCCAUUUUUUCCUAUUCUUGAUACGGGUGGGUUGGUGGGGAGGAUUCUUAAAAAAUUGAAUAGGAGUGUUUUUAGAAUGCUUUCGGAGAAAAGUGCAGUCUUCGGAGAUUUGUUUAAUCUUUUUUUUUCUCAUCUUAUGCUUUGCUUUGGAAUAUUUGGAUCUGGAAGCGUUGAUCCUAAGCAUAAAGAUGAGAUCUGCAACAAUUCUGCUAUAUUAAAAACUUGA